GCCGAGCGAAGCUUCAGGAGCCUCCCCAGCGGCCGCAGCAGAGCUGCCCGGCCACUCCGAAGGACACAGAGAGAUCAGCAGCGCCGUUCCGGGGCGAUGGUGCCCUUGGGCAGCCCCACUCUCGCCGUCUGCGCCUCCAGCAACCUGCGCCUCGUGGCCCCCGGCCGCGGCUCCCCCCUGGCCUGGCUGAGUCGGGGCCCCGAGUGCCCGCAGGGGUCGGGGGGCAGCGGGGGCCGGAGACCCAGCGCCGUGGAGCGGCUGGAGGCCGACAAGGCCAAGUACGUCAAGUCCCAGCAGGUGAUCAACAGGAGGCAGGAGCCGGCGCUGCGGGGCUCGCCCCGGCUGUCCCCCCACGGGCGGCGCCGGCUGGGCCGGCAGCAGUGCAGCGAGCUGUGCCCGGGCUCGGAGCUGAGCCGGGACGGGUCCCGCAAGCUGCCGUGCCCGCAGUCCCCCGUGUCGCGCCGCAGCGGCAGCCGGCGCCUGCUGAGACCCGACUCGCUCGUCAUCUACCGGCAGAAACGGGACUGCCUGGCCGGGGACAAGGAGAACACCAAGGGCUCCGGGCUGGUGCGGCGCCUCUUCCAGGGACCCCUCAGAGACAGGCCCCCCAGUUCGCCCCCCGCCAGGGCGCUGGGCGAGGGACCCAGAGCCCCCCAGAGCCCCGAGACCCCGAUGCUGUGGGCGCCGGCGGAAAAGGACGAGGCGCGGACACCGGGAGGCGGCAGCGGCGGUGACAACGGUGACAUCUUCCCCGUCUCCUGCCAUCCCCCAUCUCCCGCCGCCGAGCAGCCCCCCGGCGCCCCCGGGAAGGAGCCGCUGGCUCUGCGCGUGUCGCUGCCGCUGUCGGAGCAGGAGCGCUUCUUCAACUACUGCGGGCUGGACCGGGCGCUGGUGGAGCUGCUGGGCCGGGAGCGCUUCGGGCCGGCGGGCUGGGACAGCGCCUCGGCCCGGCCCCCCGGCUCCUGCGAGUCCGAGCCCGGCCGGGCCUCGGGGGGCAGCGAGGGGGACGCGGGGCCGGGCGAGGAGGAGCCGGACGCCCGGCUGGGCUCCGCCGUCUCCGUGGUGGAGCGCAACGCCCGAGUCAUCAAGUGGCUCUACGGCUGCCAGAGAGCCUGGGCGGCUGCCAAGGAGUCCACGGUGUGAGCGGGGACAGCCUGGCCGGGACGAGGACACCCGCGUGGCUCCCGCUGGAUGGUCGUGGCCCCUCGCCCUCGCUGGAUGUGGCCGAUGGGCUGGUGGCACCCGUGGCCCUGAUGCCGCGGGGAUGCUGCAGGCUGGGAGAACCACCAGGUCCCCAGGCUGAGUGUGGUGGGGGCACCCGAGGGGCAGAUGAGGAAGGGGCACCCCCGGGUGAGUCUCUCCAUGGUCUCGGGGCAGGCAGGCUGCUGUCCCCCUGCUGUCCCCCAUCUUCUCCAUUCUCCCUGUCCCCAGCCCAGGAGGGUGGGAUGAGCCUGCAGCCCCCGCCCAUCGCCCAUGUCCUGCUCCAGCUGCAGGCUGGGGAGUGGGCAGAGCCCGAGCCCCCUGCCGUGGGCAGUGCCCACCCCACGGCCCCCUCCUCCCCAGAACAGGGGCUGCUGCGGCCGGAGCUGCCCUCAAUAAAUCC